AUGACAGAAUACGUAUCACAAGGUGAUGGAUUUCUGAUGAACGACAACGAUCCAAGUCGUCCGAUGGUCAUGUAUUAUCAUGGCUUGAUCAUGCAGUACGCGGAGCGUGGUGACGUACAAAGCGUGCGGCACAACCUAAGACUUGUGAAAGACUCCCCAGGAGCCCUGGGACGCGCACUCCACCGAGCAGCCCUGGGAGACGGAAGUGUUCUGAAAGUCCUGCUCGAGGCCGCGGGCACCGCGGUUACCGCAGAGGUGAACACUCGUUGCGAGCUCGGGUGGACCGCGCUGAAUCGGGCCGCCUGCCGAGGAAAGUCGGAGUGUGUAGCCCUGCUCCUCGCCGCGGGGGCCGAUCCGGACCGACGCGUUGUAAACCAUGUUUACAAUCACACCCCGCUGGCAAUGGCCACGCGAGGCGCACAAGAAUAUGGGACCAAUAUUCCACCUCCUUAUGCCGAGUCCCAACGCAUCUUCUACCUUCUGCUCCGCGCCGGCGCCACGUUCGGGGGCAUGAUAAGGGUGGUGGUCCCGCUCGUCUUACCUGAGGGCCUUCAAUUUGGCCCUGCCAAGCUCCUGGUCGACACCGACGACCAGUACCUCCGCAAGGUGGUCGCUGCUGGCGGUUUUCGGAAUUACGAGAAAGCCCACCGGCAAGCGCUCGCGAAGACGUUCGCCAGAGUCGUCUUCCCGCGCCUCCCGGUGGACGCGCUGUCACACGUCGUCGCUUUUGCGUUUCACACGGGGGCCUACUGA